UAAAAUGCUUGAUAAUUGUAGGAGAACCGUUAGAUCAAGAUAUAAGGAUUCUGAUAUUUGUUCUAACUUUUUAGAACAUACCAAGUGUCGAGAUUGCUAUGAACCAGGCCAUUUUGACAAGCGUUACUACAAAUGCAAGUAUUACAAAGCCGUAAAUGCUGAUGAUGGUAAGCAAUAAACCUAAAUCUAUCUUACACACAGCACUUUAUUGCUU